UUCUAUUUUUUUUGGUUAAACACCACCUACAAUGGCAACUUCAUCAAGAUUGUCCGGGGAAUGACCUCCAACUAUUCCCAUAUCAGCAGCCUCCUCAUCUUUUUCAAUAUCAAUUACCUUAGGCGUCUUCCCCUCCAUAUCUCAGUCAUUCGACAGCGACGUUAGGUACAUGUAUUGAUCAUCUCCACAGCACGCUCGCUAUAAUCCUCGGCGCUCCUUUUUGGGUUUGAGGAAACCCCAGAAGUUAUGUCCCCAAUACGGGCAAUCACAAUGUUGGAUGAGGGAAGUGCCCUAGCCACUGACCUCCUUCUCGGUAAACCUGCAAAAAAGCAUGUACCCAAGGUUAGAGAGAAAGAGUUUGAGAAAAUCGUAGCUAAAGAAACAACCGUACUAAUAUUGUAUACGGUAGAAAUCGGGGCCACCCAAUUUCGUUCUUCGAUGGGAAAAGGCCAGGACGCCGAGCUCGAGGACGAAGCUCCUGUCCAAUGUCGAGGUCGAUGUCAUUUAUCGAGGUCAGAAGAAGGCAUGCUUCGAGAUGAUACAAUUAUGAUUCAGUAACGGAAAGAGCGAUACCAGCAACGGGUCGGAGAUCACGGCAUAAAUUUCGAAAUGGAUUGGUCUUUGGCGGUUAGACAGCUAUCAAAUAUGAUUCCCUACUGUAAUCAGAAGUGUACCUUAUUUAUGACUCCCCUAUUAUAUAAAAUGGGAUCCCAUUCAUUUGUAAGGAACGUUUUUUGACUGAUAAGAAAAUAUAUGGUCAUUAUUUAA